AUGUCGACGCAUACUGCCACAGACAUGAGAUGGCAUAAGGAAAAACAAGUAGACGACGAUGUGAUGCGACAUCCUGCAGAUGGGGAGGCAUGGAAAGAGUUCAAUCGAACGUUCCCCGAGUUUGCUGCUGAUUCCCGAAAUGUUAGAUUGGGACUUGCCACUGACGGAUUCAAUCCGUACGGGUUUCCUGAUGGGUAUGCUUCUAAUAUUGUGCGCUGCGUAAAUGUUGACGGGGGUAAAUUUGCUGGACUAAAGAGUUAUGACUGUCAUGUUUUUAUGCAACGCCUACCUCCUGUGGGUAUUCGACACCUAUUGCCGGAAGAUGUAGUGAAAUCAAUCAUGUUGUUGUCCAGAUUUUUUUCACAACUCACGGCAAAAACCUUGCGAAAGACAAACAUUAAUCAGUUGCGGCAUGACAUUGUCCAAGUCCUAUGCAAGUUUGAGAUGAUAUUCCCUCCAGCUUUCUUUACAAGUAUGAUCCACGUGAUGGUUCACUUGCCAGAAGAGGCAUUGCUUGCUGGUCCUGUCAACUAUCGUUGGAUGUAUCCAAUAGAAAGGCUUCUCGGCGAGCUGAAAAAAAUUGUACGCAACAGGGCGAAGCCCGAAGGAUCAAUUAUAGAGGCAUGA